AUGACAACACAAGAAAUAAAGUGUGAAAAUCAUUUUGUUCAAACCAUGAAACGAACGAACAAUGGACGUUUCAUUGUGAAACUGCCUUUCAAGGUGGAUCCAGCAAAACUCGGCAAAUCUAGGGGCAAUGCGGAGAGGCGACUUUUCAAAUUAGAAUGGAGAUUAGCACGAAACCCAGAACUACGCAAACAGUACAAUGAAUUUAUGGACGAAUACAAGCAACUGGGGCAUAUGACGGAAAUAGAUGAAGGAAAUCAGGCACUCCAACUGGACAUAACCCAAGAAAGGGAGGAAAACGUGAAGACACUAGGAUUAGUUUGGACUCCUAAGACAGAUGAAUUUCAAAUUAGAUGCCCAUACACGGAAUCUAAGAAAGUAACAAAGAGAUCAGCGCUAUCCGAUAUCGCUCAUCUGUUCGAUCCGCUAGGAUUGAUGGCACCAGUUACAGUUACUGCUAAAAUCUUCCUUCAAAGGCUGUGGAGUCUCAAAAUAGGUUGGGAUGAAGAAAUUCCUUUAGAACUACAGGCGGAAUGGUCAAGAUAUUAUAAUGACUUGCAGGGGCUGAAUCAAAUUAAGGUACCUCGUCACAUAUUUGGAGGGAAGGUACCUGAAAAAAUACAGUUACAUGUCUUUUCGGACGCUUCGGAAAAGGCGUAUGGUGCAGCGGUAUAUUUACGAGCUAUUCAGUCAGAUGGGGUUCGCACAGUUCGUCUUUUAUGUGCAAAGUCGAAGGUGGCACCAUUAAAACGAGUGACCCUACCAAUAUUGGAAUUGUGUGCAGCAAGGCUAGCAGCUGAACUCGCUCAUCGGCUUAAACGGGACAUAGAAAUUCCAGACUAUAAUUGCUUUUACUGGACCGACUCCGAAAUUGUCCUAAAUUGGAUCAAUGCAGAAGCAUCGUCAUUUUAUACGUUCGUGGCUAAUCGAGUCGCUGCUGUACAACAAAAAUCCUCACCCAAGCAAUGGAGGCACAUACAUUCAAAGGAGAAUCCAGCAGAUUUGGUAUCGAGAGGUGUCGCUCCAGGAAAACUGCAGAAUUAUGCCCUCUGGUUCUAUGGGCCUAUAUUUCUUCAUGGGACUGAAGAGUGCUGGCCGGAAAGGUUUCAUAGUGUAGAUACCACCUUGGAGAAAAAACGUUCAAAAAUGGUAUUGGCCAUGGUGAAGGACUCAAUUUCCCUUAUCAAUCAAAUCGACCAUCAAAACUCUUUUCAACGACUGCAACGCAUAAUGGCACAUGUGCUACGGUUCGUUAGGAAUGCACGAACAACAAACCACAAGGAACGAGAAAAAUCGCUCUUAACUGCAAGCGAAAUGGAGGAAGCCUUGCGAGUAAUAGUAAAGGAAGCUCAAUGGCAUGUGUAUCGAGAAUCUAUGCAGCAACUAACAUGUAACAAGCAAUUAAACAACAGCGAUCCAUUGAGCAGUCUGCAUCCAUUCUUAGACGAAUUCGGACUUUUGAGAGUCGGCGGUCGGCUUGAAGCUUCAAAUUUAACUUAUGAUACCAAACACCCGAUCGUCCUUCCUUACGGCCAUUACGUAACUCGAUUGAUUUUAAAUGAUCUGCACCAUAAGCAUCUUCACGCCGGACCACAAGCCUUAUUGGCAAUAGCGAGACAACGAUUUUGGCCUAUCAAGGGCAAAGCAGCCAUCAGAUCUAUCGUGCAGAGCUGUAUGAAAUGCGCAAGGGUGAAACCAAAACUCAUGACGCAGCUCAUGGGAAACCUGCCCGCCCAUCGAGUACAACCAGCCAGACCAUUCACGAAUACUGGUAUCGACUUCGCCGGCCCUCUAUGGAUUCACUUUAAGGGGAGAGGCAAUCGUCCGCAAAAGGCGUACCUUGCUGUUUUUUGUUGCUUUGCACCAAAGGCGGUGCACCUGGAACUAGUGACGAAUCUAACGACAGAAGCCUUCAUCAAUGCGCUGAAACGUUUCAUUGGACGUAGAGGACAUUGUCGAAAUCUAUAUUGCGACAAUGCAACUAACUUUGUGGGCGCCAAAAAUCAACUAGCAGAAUUAAACGAAAGCAUAUACGGGGAACAAUCCCAAGAACAACUGAUCAAUUUUUGCACACCCAAGGGUAUUGAUUUUCAUUUUAUUCCACCAAGAUCGCCUCAUUUCGGUGGCCUGUGGGAGGCGGCAGUAAAAUCUGCCAAACACUUUUUAAUCAGAAACACGUCCCCAGCAAAACUUACGUAUGAAGAAAUGGCAACUUUAAUAAUCGAAGUCGAGGCUAUUUUGAAUUCAAGGCCACUGACACCUCUAUCAUCCGAGGCGAGAGACCUUACGGCAUUAACUCCAGGCCAUUUCUUAAUUGGGGAACCACUAACGAACCCAAUUGAUGUACACGCCCAAGCAGUAAAGGCAAAUUUACCGCAAAGAUGGAAGGAAAUCAACGAUAUAAAGAAUAGAUUCUGGCAAAGAUGGUCAAGUGAAUAUUUGUCGGAACUGCAACAGCGUCAAAAAUGGAAACAGAGCUGCGAAAACGUAAAACCUGGAAUGCUGGUGGCUAUCAAAGAAGACAAUAUUCCCGUUCUGCAGUGGAGAUUGGGGCGAAUAAUAAAGGGGAUAAAAGGUCGAGAUGGUCUAAUAAGAAUAGCAGGGAUCAAAACAUCGUCAGGAGUCCUACAGAGAGCAAUUCAUAACUUAGCACCGUUACCGGUAGAACCGAAUGACACGGAAGACUCCUCGCAGCAAAAACCCCCAGCUCCAUCAACGGAACGGAUUAUAGAUACCUGCACGCAAAACUCAGAAGCAACUCGAUGUUCAAGAGCGAAGAAGAAGAGAAUUUCGCACUCCCCUGUAAACCUGCUACUGUGGACGAUUGAUCCAGAACAACGGUUGACCUAA